AGGCGGCAGGCCCGGCGGCCUCGGAGCGAGCGCCCGCGCGGCCCGGCUCCCGCGCCCUGCCUGCGCCCCGCCGCCGCCCGGCCCGAGCAUGGAGACGGCGGAGAAGGAGUGCGGCGCCCUGGGCGGGCUCUUCCAGGCCAUCGUCAACGACAUGAAGAGCUCCUACCCCAUCUGGGAGGACUUCAACUCCAAGGCCACAAAGCUGCAUUCCCAGCUGAGGACCACUGUGCUGGCUGCUGUGGCCUUCUUGGAUGCCUUCCAGAAAGUGGCAGACAUGGCCACCAACACUCGAGGGGCCACGCGGGACAUCGGCUCGGCGCUCACGCGCAUGUGCAUGCGCCACCGCAGCAUCGAGACCAAGCUGCGCCAGUUCACCAACGCACUGCUGGAGAGCCUCAUCAACCCGCUGCAGGAGCGCAUCGAGGACUGGAAGAAGUCAGCCAACCAACUGGACAAGGACCACGCGAAAGAGUACAAACGAGCCCGGCAUGAGAUCAAAAAGAAGUCUUCAGACACGCUGAAGCUGCAGAAGAAAGCGCGCAAAGAGCUACUUGGGAAAGGAGACCUGCAGCCCCAGCUGGACAGCGCCCUGCAGGACGUCAACGACAUGUACUUGCUGCUGGAGGAGACGGAGAAGCAGGCCGUGCGCCGGGCCCUGAUCGAGGAGCGCGGCCGCUUCUGCACCUUCAUCACCUUCCUGCAGCCUGUGGUGAACGGCGAGCUGACCAUGCUGGGUGAGAUCACCCACCUGCAGGGCAUCAUCGACGACCUGGUGGUGCUGACCGCUGAGCCGCACAAGCUGCCUCCCGCUAGCGAGCAGGUGAUCAAAGACCUGAAGGGCUCUGACUACAGCUGGUCAUACCAGACCCCACCCUCAUCACCCAGCAGCUCCAGCUCCCGGAAGUCCAGCAUGUGCAGCGCCCCCAGCAGCAGUAGCAGUGCCAAGGGUGGCGGAGCCCCAUGGCCUGGGGGUGCCCAAACAUACUCACCCAGUUCCACCUGUCGCUACCGCAGCCUGGCGCAGCCAGCCACCACCACCGCCCGCCUCUCCAGUGUCUCCUCCCACGACUCUGGCUUCAUCUCCCAGGAUGCCACCUACUCCAAGCCACCCUCACCCAUGCCUUCAGACAUCACCAGCCAGAAGUCCUCCAGCUCUGCGUCCUCCGAGGCCUCAGAAACCUGCCAGUCUGUUAGCGAGUGCAGCUCCCCGACCUCGGACUGGUCCAAGGCCGGCCCCCACGAGCAGCCCGCAGGCACCACCCUGCAGCGGAGGAAGGACCGAGUGGAGCUCCUCCGAGACACAGAGCCCAGCCCGGCCAGCGGGGGUGCCCUGGGCCCCAGUGGAGAGGAAGCACCACGACCCCGCAUGUCCCCUGCCACUAUUGCAGCCAAGCAUGGUGAGGAGGUGUCCCCUGCGGCCAGUGACCUGGCCAUGGUGCUGACCCGCGGCCUGAGCCUGGAGCACCAGAAGAGCAGCCGGGACUCGCUGCAGUACUCGAGCGGCUACAGCACGCAGACCACCACGCCCUCGUGCUCCGAGGACACCAUCCCCUCCCAAGGCUCCGACUACGACUGCUACUCGGUGAACGGGGAUGCAGACGGCGAGGGCCCGCCCGAGUUCGACAAGUCGUCCACCAUCCCUCGCAACAGCAACAUUGCCCAGAACUACCGCCGCCUGAUCCAGACCAAGCGCCCGGCCUCCACCGCCGGGCUACCCACCGCGGGGCUGCCCACCGCCUCGGGUGCACCUCCCGGCGUGGCCACCAUACGCCGCACGCCCUCCACCAAGCCCACCGUGCGCCGUGCCCUCUCCAGUGCUGGCCCCAUCCCCAUCCGGCCACCCAUUGUCCCAGUGAAGACGCCCACCGUGCCCGACUCCCCCGGUUACGCAGGGCCCACGCGGGCGGGCAGCGAGGAGUGCGUCUUCUACACCGACGAGGCCGCCUCGCCGCUGGUGCCGGACCUGGCCAAGGCCUCCCCGAAGAGGCUCAGCCUGCCCAACACAGCCUGGGGCAGCGCGUCCCCCGAGGCCGCUGGCUACCCCGGGCCUGGGGGCGAGGAGGACGAUGAGCAGCAGCAGCAGCUGGCCGCCAACCGGCACAGCCUGGUAGAGAAGCUCGGGGAGCUGGUGGCAGGCGCCCACGCCCUGGGCGAGGGCCAGUUCCCCUUUCCCACAGCCCUGUCGACCACCCCCGCAGAGGAAACGCCCACCCCGCCCCCGGCUGCCACCAGCGACCCCCCAGCUGAAGACAUGCUGGUGGCCAUCCGACGCGGGGUGCGCCUCCGCAGGACGGUCACCAACGACAGGUCGGCGCCCCGCAUCUUGUGAUGGCGCCACCCUCCCACCCUCUGGCCUCCCGCCAGGCCAGUGGGCAGCGGCGGCUCAGAGCAAAGGCACAGCCAGGAGAGAGCAGAGCUGGGCAAGCUUGCUUUCUUUUAAAGUCACAUGAGGCAAAGCCACUUUACGGAAAGAGACACCCAGCUUGGAUCUCCGUGGCUGGACAGGAAGUGACUUCUCUCUCACGCUCGCCAGGCGGAGCCUGGGGGCCUGAACUGGAUCUGGAGCCUGUUUGAUACUCUCCUGGCCUCCUCUGUCCCACCUUCCUCCUGCUGGCCCUGCCUUUGCCACAUCUCAGGCCCAGGGCUAUGCUCCUAGUCCACGACAAGGGGCCGGCCAGCCUUGGGCCAUUCCGGCCAGUGCCACAGCUCAACUAGCCUGGCCACCUGGCCCCGGUCAGGUCAGCGUGCCUCGGGCUUUUUGGAAUCUGGCGCCCUCCGCCCCUGACUGAGCCCCCCGUCCCUCCCCCUUCUCUCCUUCUCUCCCCGUCAGAGAGGCAGGGUGGCCAUGGAGGGGCCAGGGUGCCCAACUGGCUAACGUAUCAGAUGUGACCGGAAAGCUGGGCAGAGUGGCUGGUGAUUGGGAGGGCAGGGGGAGGGAGGUGAGCUGCCGUGGGGGAAGGGGACCUGCGUGGAGGAGGCUGGGGAUCCCAAGGCAGCCUCCCCUUCCCCUGCGGUGGGGCUGGGUUGGGGGGCAGGGCAGGAGUCCAGAGGUCCGGGAGCUGCUUUCAGGUGUCCGGUCCUCAUCUGGGCACGUCAGGACUUAACUCUGGGGGCACUUUGGUCACAGUUUCAGUCCCCUUUGGGGGUGGGGGCCGGAGCUGUAGAGGGUGUGGGGGGUUAUUUUAUGAAUAUAAUAAAAUGGAGCUGACUGGACAAGGACUGUGUAUGGGGACAGGGUGGACAAUACAGGGUGUGUCCGAGAGUGCCUGAGGGACAGAGGGCUCCACAGUGGCCUGGUGGGCCAUGGCGGGAGGAGGAGGGCCGAAUUGGCUCCGCCGAAGCCGGGGGCAGCUGUUCUUCUCCCCAGCAUCUGGAACAUUGCCAAAUUAAGGCUGGUGAGGGCCAGGGCCUGCAGCCUGGCUGCGGUCUGAGCCAGGGCCGCCGGCUUGGGGGCAAGUCCAGGGAGACUGGCUUUGACUCUCUGUUGCCAGAGGAGAUGCCCUCCCAGGAUGGUCACCCCGCAGUCCCGGCCCUGUGCUGGGGGUGGGGCGGGGUGCCCUCCCCCUCCAUGUACCAUGUCCCGCGCCCCCUCUAAGCAGGUGAAAGCAGGUGCGCAGGGCUUCCUGUGGUCCCGCAGGGCUCCGGAGAGCAGGCAUUUCCUAGUCUGGACGGGAAGCAGUUGGGGCUGAGUCUCCCAGCACCAAGCUGGAGCCCCUGCUAGUUUUUGUGCCAGGAGCUGGGAUCCAGGCAGCAUGGCCAGGAGGGUCUGGGGAACCAAGGGUGCCCCUAAGUGGAUGGAGCCGCCCCCGGCUCCCCGAGGGCGAUGGAGAAUGGUACCUGUAAGUUGCUAGGUCUGAGAAGGGCCUUGCUGAGCGCUCCGGCCAACCCCAGAGCCCAGGUUUGGGUACCUGGAGGUGGCCCGGGUGAGGGAGGGCCUGAAGGGGCUGGGAGAGCAGGUGGCCAGUUUGGGAAGCCUUGGGGUGGGGCUUACACAGCCCCUUCCCCCCAGGGCUGCGUCAGGGUUUGCCCAGGUGGGCUGAUGUAAGAUGCAGGUUGUGUGAUGUGAGCAGGGUAAGGGGCAGUGGGUGGGGGUGGGGAUGGGUCCUCAAGUCCCUGUGAGGAAGAGCUUGCCUCCUGGGGGAAAGGCCAGCACCCCUCCCGUGCUCCACCGUCCCCCCUCCCCUCCAAGCCACCCUAGGGCUGUACAUAACUCCUCCAUCCCCUUGAUCACCUUCGUCCAUUUAGUGACCACCUCGUAGGCCCACCCCCUCGGGAUCCGAGCCAACCAUCCCGCGUCGCAAACUUUGGUUUGGGGGACUUCUUUACGUUCGCUUUAUUUUUCAUUUUGUACAGAGAAAUAUUCUUUUCAAAAGCGUCUUUUGACUGAAGUAACUUUUCUGGUGCUGUUGUUAACUUGUUCCUUUUUUUAAUUUAUUUCCCCACCCCCGGCCUCCCCUCCUGGUUCCUACUCACCCAUCUUCCCUCCACCUGCCGCCCCCCCAUCCCAUCUGAACCAUUUUGUUUCUUUUCUUUCUGUCGGUUUUUGGAUAAAUUAUCCUCUCCUCCCCACCCCCCCCCCCCCCCCCUUGAUUUAAAUAGUCACUGCUCAAGUAACAAAUUCACUGUGAAGAUUCCAGUAUUAAUAAAGUCGUACUGUAAUUAACA